CCUCGUCCGGGCGGCUUAUCGACCCUGUGGGCUCGUCCCGCCCACGGCCACCCCGACCCCUGUCUGGUUCAGCACAGCAACCAUAUAUACCCAGACCCCGAUCUUGUUCAGCACAGCAAGCACUCAUCCUCCCACUCCCGGCGCACCGAAGGCAACGACGCACUGCGAAGCUAGAUACGCACACGAGCACAGAAUGGCCUGCGCCUUCUUCUUCGACGCCGAGCCGGUCGGCGAGCCCGGCGUGCACGCCCUGGACGCGUGCGCGCUCUGCACCAAGCCGCUGGCACGGGACAGCGACAUCUUCAUGUACAGAGGGGACACGCCCUUCUGCAGCGACGAGUGCCGGCACGAGCAGAUGCGGCUCGACGCCGCCUGCGCCAGGCAGGCGGCUAAGGCGGCCGCCCAGAGUCAGAAGCAGUUCUCUUCGGGAACGGGGUCCGGGCGUGCACGCCGGCAGUCCUGGGAGGUGUCCGUCGCGAGCUAACCGGCGAUCUGCGCACGUACUUUGAGCCAACAAGACCUGCGUGCACGAAGCCUCCGUCGCCCGUGGCCAAAUGAGCAGCGCGGGAUCGAGGAGACUCGCCUUGGUCGAAGAAGCAAGAGCUCACGGCAGACCGGCGCUGCAUGGGCCGAAGGGGCAAAUGAUUUGGGCAUAAAGGCAGCAGAAAAGGAUUUCGAAUGGAUCUGGCGAAGUCAAUCAAACAAGAACACGAUUCAUCACGUAAUUAGGCGGUCAUGUGUGUGUGCCCCUCGGCUGUCCUUUUCUCCUCUGUAACAGAGAGAAUUUGCAAGAGGCAAUAACACUUUCACUAGGUAAACUAUAUAUCAAGCGGAUCGACAUGUAACAUGUCUGUGUAAUCCUGUUUUUGUUCA